AUGCAGCUGUGCCCUCAGAUAGCGAUUGAACCCAUCUCUUGGGCCCAAGCAAAGCAACGCACUGAUGGAACAUGCUUCUUGCUGCACACCUCCCAUGCUUCGGGCGCAGACAUUGGCCAUGCAUAUGGGCUGAAACUUGUUCAAGCGGCCAUGCGCAUCUACAGCUCGACUGAAGAGGAGCGCAUUCAGACCAACGCGAGCCUUUUGUUGGACAAGUUGCAGAAUGUCCCGGGGAUAUACAUUUUCAACGUCCAUGUGCUACCCAACGGAGAUCCUGCGGCCAAGCGGCGAAAAAAGGAAUACGCAACCUCCAUCGAGUUGCAGUUGAAAGCUGGAAUGGAAUGCGAUAGCGAGGAAACCAGCUGGGAACGCCUGAGGAUGCAACUGAAAGACAGCAUGCGCAAGGAAGUCGACCGGGAAAUCACACGCGCUAUCACGGGUGACCGCUUGCGCGCGAAUCAUGAAAUCGAAGAUGCAGAGAGCAGCUGGCUGCGCCGCCGAUCUGCCCGAUCCAGCCGCCCCAGCCGAUCAGAUCCGAUCAGCCCGAUCAGCCCGAUCCACUCGAUGUGCCCUGCCGAUGAGCCCGAUCCAGCCGAUGACCCCGAUCAAGCCGAUCAGCCCGACCAAGCCGAUCACGGUGCUUACGGUGGUUGCGGUGGUGACCGGAUCGACGUGAAACAGGGGUUUGGUCGGGCCUCUCCGGACAUGCCGCCGCUGCCUGUGCCGUUGCCAUACUUUGGACACCUGGGCUCAUCUGCGGAGCACAAGAGCUUGGCGUUGAAGUUUCGGCCCCGACGGGCAAGCGUGUGGUGGGUUCAGCAAUUUGCGAAAUCCGAGGGAGACCAACGCUCCCAGACCCGAGAUACCAAGGCCGCCAAGGCCUGGGCCGACUCGACAGCCAUUGGAGCGCCCAGUGGCAGGAGAGGCCAUCCAACCAGAGCCUUCACCCAGGGCAAGGUAAAUUUGAAUUUGGAUGGCUCGAUAGUGACAUCGAGGCAUAUGCCUGAGCCCAUGCUGGAGGCCAAUGAGGCCACGACGCUGGCGAUCCAAGACUGCUUGGAUGAGGGCUGUUCGGUGGAGGCCCUGAUGGAUUUAGAUCAGAAGCUGGCCCGUGAUGAAGCCAAGGUCAAGGUCGCGCUGGAUGAGCUCCAUGAUCUUCAGAGCCAAGAGUUUUCUGAGGAUUCCGCAGAGCAGAUCGCUUGGUUGAAGAACUUUUUGGAUCGUUGCGCAAGUCUUAGGGCUCAGCUCAUGGCCGUGAAAACCCUGGAGGCACCAGACUUUGCCUCCCAGCUCAUGCGUGCGGCAGCUGUGGCCUUUGGAGGGGGUCGCCAUGGUGACUAUCCAAAGGUGGGUGUGUCUCCUUAUAGUUCCUAA